UUCCCUUGGUGAGCUUAUAUAGGGGUUUGGUAAAAAUGGCAAAACCUGGUAUCCAAAGGCGAAAGUAUCCAACUACACUCAGGAAGGAAAGGAGCUGCUGUUUGGUAGAGGGAGUUGGGGUUGAGGAGAUUAACUGGAUACAGUUGGUGGGGAGAGCACGGGUAUUUUGUUGGAUGAUGAUGCCCAGAUAAGUGACAGAUGGAGAAGAAAUCUGGGCCUUAGAAGGGGACACGGGAUACCCCUUUAAGAAUAAGUGCUAAAGAAGCAGGAGAAUAUCUUGCUGAGAAGUUUCAUAAGAGGGGCUGCACAGGAGGUUGUCCACGUAUUGAUGAAGGUGAGAAGUUGAAAGACAGAAAGAGAGCAGGUUGUGAGUGUGAGCGAGGGCCUGACUGAAGUAGUGUGGGCUGUCCCUGAAGCCCACAAGACAGUCCAGGUGAGUUGUUGUGACUGGUGGGUGCCAGGGUCAGUCCGAGUGAAGGUAAAUAGAGGUUGGGAGGAGGGGGUGUAAGGGGAUGCAAAGGCAUCUUUGAGAUGGAGUACAGAAUAAUGAGUUGUGGAGGGAGGAAUUGAAGAUAGGAGAGUAUAUGGGUUGGCACUACAAGAUGGAUAGGAAGGACAAUUUGAUAAGGCUAAGGUCUUGAACUAGCCAGUAGGAUUUGUCUGGUUUCUAGACAGGGAAGAUAGAGUUGUAAGGAGAGUUAGUAGGCUUUAGGAGACCAUGUUGUAACAGGCAGGUGAUGACAGGUUGUAGUCUCUUUAGAGCUUGUUGGGGAAUGGGGUAUUGCCAUUGGGCAGGGCAAGGGUGAUUGAGUUUUAGGGGGAUAGUGACAGGUGCGUGGCUGGUUGCUAAGGAUGGAGUAGAGGUGUCCCAGACCUGAAGGUUAAGGUGAGGAGACGUGAUAGGAGGCUGUGUGGUAGGCUUUGGGUCAGGUAAGAGGGCAGCUAUGAGAUGUGGCUGUAGUCCUGGAAUAGUCAGGAUAGCAGAUAGUUUGGUUAAAAUAUCUGGCCCUAAUAAGAGAACAGGGCAUAUGGGGGUGACUAGGAAGGAGUGAGUAAAGGAGUGCUGCCCAAGUUGACACCAGAGUUCAGGGGUUUUGAGAGUUUUUGAAGCCUGGUCAUCAAUUCCCACAACAGUUAAAGGGGCUAAGGAAACAGGUCCUUGAAAAGAAGGUAAUGUGGAGUGGGUAGCCCCUGUAUUGACUAAAAAGGGGAUGGACUUACCCUCCACGGUAAGAGUUACCCAAAGCUCGGCAUCCGUGAUGGUCCAGGGGGCUUCUGAAGCAGUCGGGCAGCGUCAAUCUUCAGUUGCUAACCUGAGAAGUUCUGGAAAACAGUCGGCUGGAAAAUAUUGGGUUUGAACUCCAGGAGCCUUGAGAGUGUCUAUAAUGUGAGCCGGACAGUCUAAUUUCCAGUGGGUUCCCCCACAGACAGGACAUGGCUUAGACAGGGGCUUCGGCUGUGAGCAUUUAUUAGCCCAAUGUCAAAGCUUUUGGCAUUUAAGGCAAGAUGGAGCCCCAGGCUGUGGGUACUCCCUAGCCCAGUGGCCAGUUUUCUGGCAUUUGAAGCAAGGCCCUAGAGGAGGAUGGCUUGAUGGAGCACACGCCUUGGUGCCUGGAGGUUCCUUGUUGUUGAAAUAGUGGCUGGGGUUUGCCUUACCAUGGAGGCAAGCAAUUUUAGCUCUGAAAUGGGUUGUUGCUGCGCUUGGUGCCUCCUCCCUAUUGUUAAACACCUUGAAGGCCAGGUUGAUUAAUUCCUAUUGUGUGGUUUGAGGGCCUGAGUCUAGUUUUUGAAGUUUUUUCCUAAUGUCUGGGGUAGAUUGGGUAAUAAAAUGCAUAUUGAGAAUAAGGCGGCCCUGUGGCCCCUCUGGGACUAGCGCUGUGAAGCAUCUGAGAGUUUCUGCCAGGUGGGCAUGAAUUGGGCAGGAUUUUCAUGUUUGCCCUGCGUUGUUUCCUUAAGCUUGUCAUAAUUAACAACUUUGUAAGCUGCCUGGUUAAGUCCCUCAACCAAGCAAGAGACCAUAUAGUCUCACUUGGCGAUGUCAGGUGAGCCCACCUGGUAUUGUCAAUUGGGUUCUUCCCUAGGUACUGCCCUGAUGCCCUCUUGGAGGGCUGGCUCAUGGUAUCUGCGGGUGUCAGCAUAAGAUUGAGCCAGAAUAUAAACCCUAUUUCGUUCACCUGGAGAAAGAAUAGAGGUUAGAAUGACAUUUAAGUCAUUCCGGGUUAAAUUGCAGGACUGAGAUUGGAACUCUUGGAUCUAUUAGUGGAAUCUGAUGAGAAAGAUUUUAAGCGCUGACCCAAUUUGGGACAGAUCGGACAGAGAAAAAGGAACAUGCACCCUGACUAUGCCCUCGGCUCCAGCCACCUCUGGAAGGAAAAACUGUUGGGCAGGGGACGGAGAGCUACUUUUAAGGCUGAAUUGUGUCCUGGAGCAGGUGUGGAAGGGAGAAGUGACAGAGGAAAUAUAAGAGGGAGGGUGACUGAUCAUUGCGGAGACGUCUGCUCUGGUCAGACGUGAGGGGCAGAAGGGAGAUUAGGGUUUGGUUUGGCCUGAUGAGGGGCAGCUUGAGGGGGAAGGGAAAGGUCAGAAGGAUCUAUUGAGAUUGAAGAAUCUGCAUUGGCAGUAGGGACGGGGUGCAGGUGGAAGAGAAAGAAGGAGAAUUUGAGAGGGGUCCCACUGGGAGCAGAGGCUGGGAAGGGAGCAAAGUGUGAAAAAUGCCUGCACAUAGGGGAUUUCAGACCAUUUGCCCAUUUUAUGACAAAAGUUGUCUAGAUCCUGCAAGAUAGAAAAAUCAAAGGUGCUAUUUUCUGGCCAGUUAGGGCCAUUGUCCAAUUUAUAUUAUGGCCAAGCGGUAUUGCAAAAGAAAAUAAGAUGAUUAGGUUUUAGGUCAGAUGAUAGCUGGAUACGUUUGAGGUGUUUUUUUUUUUUAGAACGCAGGCUAAGGGGCAGGAGAGAGGAAUGGAGGGCGGGAGGUUGCCCAUAGUUUAAGAGCGGUGAAGACAAGAAAAGUGAACGCGUGACCAAGCAGUUUAGCAGGCUUCCUACACUAAACGUUGGUCUGAACCUGGGGUGAAUCUGUCAAAGGGGGCAUCCCCUGCAUUAUCUGUCACCCUACGAGUGUGAGCGACCAGAGCAGAUGUUUCCGCAGUGAUCAGUCACCGAAGGAGUGCAAGUGAGUUAUCAAAGCAGACUUCUCUGCGAUGAUCAGUCACCAAGGGAAGACUGUCUUCCCGGUUCCAUGACCUAUGUAGGAUUUUUUUUCCGGUCAUGAACCUCACAGAAAGUCCUGUCUUUCUUGUCUCCGCUGAAAGGGAGAGGAAAAUGAAACUGAAAGGAGAAGGAAGCUGAUAGUGAGAAAGGCAAAAGAAGAGCUAAGGCAAACUGCUUACCUGAUCUGAUGAUGACACAUUUAAUCAAACCAGGCACCAAAAUGUUAACACUCCUUCCUGGAGACAGACAGACAAAGGUUUCUUUUAAUCAAAGAAGAGCUCCAUCUACAGGCAUUCACCAGAGAAGCAUUGCUUCCUUCUUCACCUUGCAGCCAGGAAAGACAAAUGGUAGUGACCAGAAGAAUGUUUCACCUCAUACAGAAAGUCAAAUCAAAGAGUCCAAGAAAAAUGCUACCCAGCUAGACUAUCUGAUCCCAGGCUUAGCACAUGAUUGCAUGACAUCCCCUUUAGCCACUUCAACCACUGCAGACAUCCAGGAAGCUGGACUUUCUCCUCAGUCCCUCCAGACUUCUGGCCACCACAGAAUGAAAACCCCAUUUUUGACUGAGCUAUCUUUGCUCCAGCCUGAUACUCUAGACUGUACUGGAGAGAGUAAUACCCCACUGGCUUUAUCCUUCACUGAGGACUUGGAAAGUUCUUGUUCGAUGGACCAAAAGGAAGAAAAAAGGGAUUCUGCCAUGAAAAGGGAAUGGCUUCAUGGAUCUAAGAAAAACUAUAAGGGUAUGGAGAAACAUACCAAACUAUCUGAGGACAAAUGCUGUCAGCCCUUAGGCAAGACUAAACUGGAAAGAAAGGUGUCUGCCAAAGAAAACAGGCAGGCCCCUGUCCUCCUUCAAACCUACAGGGAAUCCUGGAAUGCAGAAAACAUAAAAUUAGUGAAACAAAGCCCUUGUCCUAUUUCUGCGUUUUCCUGGGAUAAUGAAAAGAAUGACAAGGACUCCUGGAGUCAACUUUUCACUGAAGAUUCUGAAGGUCAGCAGGUCAUUGCCCACAACACUAGAGCUCCUUUUCAAGAUGUAACCAAUAACUGGAAUCAGGACUUAGGGCUGUUUCCUAACAGUCCUUGGGCUCAGUGCCAGGAGGAUGGGCCAACUCAAAAUCUGAAGCCUGAUUUGCUCUUUACCCAGGACUCUGAAGGUAAUCCAGUUAUCAGGCACCAAUUCUAAAUGUUUUUAUGAAGUUUUGUUUCUAAAAAUACCCUGAAAUGACAGAGAUGUAGGAAACUAUAGUUGUGGGUGGAGAGAGGAGUGAGCUUGUUUAGUUGAGAAGGUGGCAUGGGAUAAAGCCGUCAUUACCAAGCAUCUUCUGUGUUAAGUAAAGCAGGCAGUACCAUUGUUAAGACA